GUCUUUGUUUGUGGAAGAGGAAGGAAACAGCCCAGCCUCUGAAACUCUGAGUCUGAGUGAGACAGAGUCUGUCUCUGUGUCUCUGAGUCUCUGAGUCUCUGAGUCUCUGUGAGAGCCGGAGCCUGUGUCUCUGUGUCUCUGAGUCUCUGAGUCUCUGUGAGAGCCGGAGCCUGUGUCUGUGUGAGUCUGAGUCUCUUCGUCUCUUCUGGCGGCUCUUGUUUUGUUCAGGCUGGACUCUCGUCUCUGCUGCUGUGUCCAGGACCGUGUCCACACUGUCCACACUUCUGUCCACACAGAUAAAGUCUCUGUGCUUCUUGUGGCGCGGACAUUUGGACCAGAGGGAUGUCCAAGAGACUGAGGAGCCGAGAAGUGUGUGCGGACUGCAGCGCCCCGGAACCUCGCUGGGCUUCGAUCAACAGAGGCGUGCUCAUCUGUGACGAGUGCUGCAGCAUCCACCGAGGUCUGGGACGACACAGCUCCCAAGUGCGGCAUCUGACUCACUCCUCAUGGCCCCCCUCACAGUUACAGAUGGUGCAGACGCUGUACGGAAAUGGGGCGAACUCCAUCUGGGAGCACACGCUUUUGGACCCCUCCGCCUCAGUCAGUGGGAAGCGCAAAGCCAACCCUCAAGACAGAGUUCACCCAAACAAGACCGAGUUCAUCAAGGCUAAGUAUCAGAUGCUGGCUUAUGUUCAUCGGAUGCCUUGUCGUGAAGAUGACAGUGUCACUGCCAAAGACCUCAGCAAGCAACUCCAUUCGAGUGUUCGCACUGGAAAUCUAGAAACGUGCCUCAGACUCUUGUCUUUAGGAGCUCAGGCCAAUUUCUUCCAUCCAGAAAAAGGAAACACUCCUCUUCACAUAGCAGCAAAAGCAGGACAAGUUUUACAAGCAGAACUUUUAUCUGUUUAUGGAGCCGACCCCGGAGCUUUGGACUCCUGCGGAAAGACACCGAUUGACUAUGCAAGACAAGCCGGGCACCAUGAACUCGCAGAACGACUCGUGGAAAUCCAGUACGAGCUCACGGACCGCCUCACGUUUUACCUGUGCGGCAGGAGGCCAGAUCACAGAAAUGGGACACACUUCAUUAUUCCACAAAUGGCAGACAGCCUGGAUCUGUCAGAAUUUGCAAAAGCUGCAAAGAAGAAACUCCAGUCGCUGAGUAAUCAUCAGUUUGAGGAACUCGCCAUGGACGUCUACGAUGAAGUGGACAGAAGAGAAACAGAUGCAGUUUGGUUGGCGACACAGAACCACAGCACACUCGUCACAGACACAACAGUCGUACCGUUCCUGCCAGUUAAUCCAGAAUAUUCUUCUACCAGAAAUCAGGGUCGUCAGAAGUUGGCCCGGUUCAGUGCCCAUGAGUUUGCCACACUCGUCAUUGAUAUUUUGACAGAUGCAAAACACAGACAAUGGGGCAACACCUGUGAAAGUCCAAAAGAUAAUGUAGAGCUGAUUCUUCAGGGAAUAAACAGUCGCCACAACAGUGAGAGCCAAGAUAAUGAUUAUGACAGUGUGGCGUCAGAUGAAGACCCAGUGCAAGAGGCGACCUGCAGUGACAGCUGUAACGACGGACGCACUAAGAGUUCAGAGUCGUCAGACCUGUCGGAUGGACCAAUCACAGUCCAAGAAUUUAUGGAGGUGAAAAGUGCUCUCACAGCGUCAGAAGCAAAAAUACAACAGCUCCUCAAAGUCAACUGCCAUUUAAGUGAAGAACUGAGGGUGAUGCAAAGCAAGCUGAACUCCCUGCAGACUGAAAACACGACGCUCAAAUGGCAGGCUCCCAGCGGACCUCAGCCGCCUCAGGGUCCCUUCGGUCGACAGCCGCUUCGGGGGGGCCGCGCUCUGUCCAUGUACGAGACGGGCUCUAAUCUACGACAGUACCCCCACCGCGCGGAGCCGGCUCGGAGCGACGAUGGAGUCGUUUUACAGCCCUUCCAGACUAAUGGCUGCAGCCUGGAAGCACAGAGCACAGUGAUGGAGAACGACUAUGACCCCGCCCCAAACCACUCUGAGCUUGAAGACGCUGGUCCUCUUCAAGCCACAGACACUGAUCCAGGCGCUGAGGAGGACGGCACUUUGCCCUGUACCGAGGACGUCAUCUGUAAGACGGAGCAAAUCACUAAGAACAUACAAGAACUUCUCCGUGCUGCUCAGGAGACGAAACACGACAGCUUUCUGCCCUGUUCAGAGAAGAUCUGUCUGGCUGUGACAGAGAUGGCCGCCCUCUUUCCCAAGAGGCCUUCCUCAGAGACGGUCCGUGGCUCUCUGUGUCUGCUCACUUCCAGUGCCAGUCGUCUCCAUGGAGAGUGUCUGAAGGCUGCGGAGCAUUGCCCCUGUCCAUCAGACAUCCAGCUGGUCACUCAGCAGGUCAUUCAGUGUGCCUACGACAUCGCCAAAGCUGCCAAGCAACUUGUCACUGUGACAACCAAAGAAAACAACAACUGAGUAAAGUAAUAUUCCAGAUACCCACAAAGUAAACCUGACUUUGUGCCAUAUUUACUAUCGUAUGUGUCAUUUACAUGAUUUAAACUUUCCACUAACAUUGUAUUCCACUGGGCACAAGUUCAUUGUAAUUCCUCCUAAUCCAAUGGAUAUAAAGUUUAGUUUGUUUUUCCUCAGACUUAAAUGAUGUACACACUUUGGAUGUUGAAUGUCAUUGUACAGAAGUCAAACUCUUGGCUCUUUCACUGCGUGGACUUGAUGUUACUGUGCUGUUGAGCCUUAAUUAUUGACCAAUUGGGAAAAAAAUGCCAGUAUGUUACUUCUCCAGUGUUACAAAUAUAAACAUGACUAGUUCCAUAAAAAUACAAAACAGUAAAAUGUUGUUAACCCAUAUUUCAGAGUGUUUUCUACUGUUAAAGUCACAAUCGGGAACAUUCCCACAGCCCGAGGCAGUAGACAGUUUUCUCUCAUUUAAAUUAAGAGUUUAUAAUCUUUAUUUGGAUUUUAACAGCCAUAUUCUGUUUUGGUGUUUGAAUGUGUGGACCAUUAAGUGUUUUAAUCUGUUUUAAAUGUUGUAAGUCUUAAGCAGAUUCUACAGAUGUUAUUCUAUUUAUAAAUGUACGUCAGACCUCUACAAAGACCAGUGUUUAUUUUCAUAAGCUUUUCUUUAACUUAAUCCUCUCACGUGGAGAGAUGUGUGUAGCUCACGGUUCAGUGUGGGUCUGUGUGGUACAGUGAUCCACUUUACACCACUGUGGUUUACACUCAUAAUGUCACCUGUGACUGUUUGUGUGACUGACCCAGAGCAGGUUUGACCCAGAGGAAACAGAACCAGAAUCACACAGUUUAGACACAGAUCUGCCUCUGAUGAAUAAAUGAAUUUAACAUUAGGACUGAUGUGUCAUUCAUGUUAAAUCCUCCUCAUUGGAAUGUUUCCUAAUCUCUGUAAAUCCAUUUAUAUUAUUAUUAGAAUAAUAUAUAAUAAUAAGAUUAAGUCUAUUAAAGUGAAGCAGUUUUGAUCCACGUGGAGCUAAAUCCAAUAAAUGGAUAAUAAUAAAAGUAAAAACCCUCCUGAUGUUGAGUUUCCUCCUGGUUGGACCUGUCU